AUGCAAUUGAAGAACUUAUUAGAAGGGGUCGGCUACGUGACUGUGUGGUGCGUCCUAGAGAUCAACAGCCCAAACAUCCGGCUCAACAAAGUCCUCACCGAGCUCCCGAGCAGGACCAAAUACCUACGGGAUGGCAGCCAAGAAGGACCUUCCAAGAAAGCCAAGAUAGCUUUGGAAGACGUCUCUUUCACCAAAGAUGAUUCUAAAGGCGUACACUGGUCGCACAAUGACGCCCUUGUGAUCCGAGCUCGGAUUGGUAAUAUGGAAGUACGGAGGGUCAUGGUCGACACAGGGUUAAGGCCGGACCAGCUGACAUCCUCUCUGGAGCCACUACACGGGUUCACUAGCGAUGCAGUAAUCCCGAAAGGACGUAUAAGGCUCCCAUUAACAAUUGGGGAAUCAGACCUCCAGGCCACGACAAUUGCGGACUUCCUCAUCAUUGACGGUCCUUCCGCUUACAAUGUCGUCAUGGGUAGGCCCGCCAUGAACAACCUGGACCUAGUUGUUUCAACCAAGGCCCUGGCCAUCAAAUUCCCGACCCUGAAAGGGACCGGUUGUGGAGUUAGCCACGACCUAGACCCACGCGACGUGGAUUGCAACCAAGCCGCCAGCCCAGCGGACGAGCUAGAAGAUGUUGCAGUCAGUAGCUUAGACGUUGAAAGGCACCUCCAGGUGGGCAAAGGUCUCUUCCUCGAGGUAAAAUCCCAACUGACCGAAUUCCUUGAAACAAAUCUGGACGUGUUCGCAUGGAACCACGAAGAUAUGGUGGGAAUAGACCCAAGGAUAAUGCAACAUCGGCUCAAUGUCAACCCCAACCAUAAGUCGAUUCGUCAGAAGAGGAGGCCAAUAACGGCUGAGCGGUAUGCGACCUUGAAGGAAGAAGUAGACAAGCUCUUAGCCAGCGGAUUUAUCCGGGAAGCCCAAUACCCGACAUGGGUGGAAAACUCGAUCUUGCUCGUGGAUGCAACGGCCGGCCACCAGCUUCUGAGCUUCAUGGAUGCCUAUUCCGGGUACAAUCAGAUCCCUAUGAACCCCGACGAGGAAGAGCAUACCUCUUUUAUGACGGAUUGGGGACUAUACUGUUACAAGGUCGCCAACCACGUCAGCGACCUGGGAGAAGCAUUCCAGGUUCUGAGGAAGUACCAGAUGAAGUUAAAUCCACUCAAAUGCUCAUUCGGUGUGGCUUUUGGAAAAUUUUUGGGUUUCAUGGUCAAUGAGAGGGGUAUUGAGGCCAAUCCAGAGAAAAUUCGAGCUCUACUUGACAUGCAAUCACCCACCAAGACUAAGAAAGUGCAAAGCUUAAAUGGACAGGUCGCGACCCUUAGUAGUUUCGUCUCCAAAUCUUCUGAUAAAUCCAUCCCAUUUUUCAAAGUUCUGAAGAAAGCAAAUAGGUUUGAAUGGACGGAAGAGUGGGAGACUGCUUUCCAGUAG